UGAGUGACUGUGUGUGAAAGAAAAUUGCGAAUGUUUUUUAAUAAAAUAUGACCUGUGGUAACUGCUGUGAAUAAACAUAAUUUCCAAAUGGUUGAUUUCAAUCUCGACGAUCCUCUUGGGGAUCUAUUGAGCGAUGGAAGCAACGAUAGUUUCUUCGAGACAAAACCAAAAAUUGCUCCGCCCAAACCAGCUACAACCGGCUCAAAAUCUGCGUCUAAAAUGGAAGAUUUAUUUGGAAUCAAAGAUGAAACCAGAUCAGUUCCAAAACCAGUUGAAGUGGCACCACCUCCAGCUUCCAGCGUUCAGCUAAUAAAAAAACCAGAGCCUCUGCCGAGUACCACAUCAAGAUCGGAUGCGAAACGGGUUCCAGCUACUACGAAAAAACCGACUCAGAAAGAGACCAUCAAUUUCGACGAUGAUGACGAUCCGCUAUUUGAUUUAGGCUUUGACCCAAAGAAUGUGAAGUCCGCAAGUAAAAAGUCCAACAUUCUGGACGAUUUGUUAGGUAUAAGCGAAAAGGUCGCCGUUAAGCCUAAAACACCGGUUUCUCGACCGAAUACUAGUGUUUCACGACAGUCAACCAUCGAACAACCUGAACCAACUGACGGGCUUCAAUCCGGUAGUUACAUCUCAUCUGUAAAUCGUCAACGACCAUCUUCGAUCAAGAGACAAGGAAGUGCCACCGCUAAAGAUCCUUUGGGAUUUUUCACUAGUAACGAACCCGAUAGGGAAAUCAAAAAGGAAGCAAAACCAACGAAGAGCUUAACUACAGAUUGGCUCGGUAUAAAUACAACUGCAGCAAGUUCUGUUGAAACAAAAACAAGUGAAGCGACCCAAAAUGUUUCAGUGGCAGGGUCUCAAACACAGCAAGCCCAACCUAUAACAGAAACUCCAAUCGCAAAUCUUCAGAACAUUUUCCGGCCUGAUAUCCAACAAACUUCCCAACUAAUUGCCACGGUGAAGGUAGACCAAGACAAUGCUUUGCAAAGCUUACGUCAACAGGAAACGCAACUGUUAAUUGCCAGCCAAAUGAAAAAUCAAGAAACAAUACUGAUGGAUAUGCAGAAGCGACAGCAGAGUCUUCUAGCACAGCAAGAACAGAAUUUUAAUGAGUUGCUGCAGAAGCAGCUACAGCGUCAGAGUGUACUUGAGGACAACAUCAAAAGGCAACAGGAGCGAAUAAAUUCUCAUAUUCAAAUGUUAAUGGUUCAACCACCCGAUACAGCAUCUUCGGUGUUAGUGGAUCAUGAGGAGAAGGAAGAAGCGACAGUCAAUUCAAAAGUGAGCAAAGGGAAUGUGAUCAUUGAAUUGAGUGCUGAUGUUAAGAAGCUUGAGCUGGAGAAGCUUCGGUUGGAGGAUCUUUUGCAAAAUAUUAAAACUAAUCACGAGCAAGAGUUGGAAAUAUUAGAACACAGUUACAAAAAGCAAAUCUCAUUGUUGGAAGAAAAUCUGGAAAAAUUAGAAAAUCGUUUGCGUAGCGAGAACAAGAAUCUCGAGGAGUUCUACGAAAAGAAAAUCGAGACUUUAAAUGAGGAAAAGGUGAAAGUCUUGGAAUUGUACGAAGCGAAAAUAGCGGAAUUGAGUUUGAGCAACGAAAAAAACUUGGCUAAAGUUCGAUCUGACUAUGAGGAUGAGUUGAAAAUUGUCCGGAACGACUACAAAGUUUCCAUUGAAAUUAUGCGACAAUCAAAGUUGCUGGAGUUUGGCGUAGUCCAGGAAAACUCAUCGUAUCUUCAGACGUUGCAAUCAGCAUCGGCUUACCUAGAAAGUGCUGGUGGAAACAUUGAAGCAAUACGUGACGACUUGCAUAAGAAACUUGAAAUUGCUCACGCAGAAAGGGAAAGGCGUAUCAGCGUUGAAGAGAAAAAAAUCGAAGAACAAAAGACCCGAUUCGAGAAACUGAAAGAAAAUACUGAGGCAGAACGUAUUCAGUUGCUGGAAGUUGUCAAAACUUUGGAAACAAAACUAAAUUCCAUAAGUCAGACAUCCGCAGAAGAACAAUGGUCACUGAGACAGCAGAAAGCUUCGCUUGAAGUGGAGCGCACCUCAUUCGAAAGAGAACGGAACUUUGCUCGAGAACAAAUUGCAAGAGACGAAAAGCGUAUUGAAGACUUGAAAAUGUUCGAAUCACUUGAAGUCCAAAGAAGAUUGAAACAAUUGGAUGACGAUCGCCAGGAAUUGUUAGCAGAGAAAGCGAAAUUCGAGACAAUGGCUCGGCUGAAUCGACCUGUAGAGUCAACAAUAUCACGAACGGAAAUCGACACAGCCAUUAAAAUUGCUCAGGAUGCUGCUCGCCAGUCUGAUGUCGAAAGAGAACGUUUCAUGGAAAUGCAACGACAAUUUGAAGUGAAGAGACGCGAAUUGGUCGAUCUAGACAGUAAUAUUCGAGCGAAAGAAGCUGAACUUGAGCGUCUGAAAGAUCACGCUUUUGCGCGAGAGAAAUCUGCCGAAGCUUCUACAAAGGCAACCAGUGUCCUGCAGCAAAAAUUGAGAAGCAAACUUGAAAUUCUGCAACAACAAUCCAGGGAUGUUAUGCACCGUGAGCAGAAUUUAUCGGCACAGAAGCUGGAAUUAAGCAAAGAACGACUGGAAUUGCAGUCCAUUCAGCGAAAACUCUACCAGUCCCGGUGCAGUCUCUGCAAAAUCGGCGAUCGAAGUAAGGAAAUAUCGAACCUGUUGUCCCAGAAAGAUCAACAAGCCGAAAGAACUGCGUUUCAAGUGCCAAACACAAUCGACGAGAUAGCUGAAGAACCAUUCAAAGAAUUGUCGAAUUUCGAUGAGAUAAUCGACGCCGAAUUGGCUCAGUCAUUGGAUCAUAUCAACGAUAUGAAGCCGUUUGAAAUCAACUUGAACGACAUACCAAACUUGACCAAUACCUCAGAUCAUCUGCUGGACUCGGACUUAUUGAUGUUGAAAUUUGACGCGCUGCAUUCGAAUUUUUUGUAAGUUUCCCUAUUGGAAUAAA